AUGCUUUCUAUGGAGGGCUACAGAGGUCUCAUUCGACCCAUCAGCUUGCUCGUUCUUUUGGUUGCUCUCUUCUCGGCAAUUCAACCAGUCGAAGCAGCAGUCCCCACAUCUAAACGCUUCGAUCUAUCGGAGCCUUCAUAUGACUUAUUCCGCAGCAAGUCUCUUCACGAUGUAACCGUACAACAAGGAUUCGCCUUCGACAAUACCAAUCGCAGACUGUUCGUCGCGCAACGACGCGAUGGGUCUUCGGAGACCUCGGGCGAUUUAUGCAUUACUCAACUCGACUUUGACGGCAAUUACCUGGGAUACAUGUAUCUCACAGGGUUUGGUCAUGGCGUGUCUUUCGGUGCACAGGGUGGUGGGUCGUCGUCUUACCUGUGGACAGAAGUCGAAGCCAACUCGAAUGGAUACGGAAAGAAGCUUGCUCGGUUCAAGUUUACCAGUGGAACUACACUUUCAUCUACCUCUUCUCUGCUGAAGAAGUUUGUACCUGUCUCUGGGGCUACGGAGCAUACAUGUUCCAUUGACCCAGUGAACAACCGCCUGAUCGUCCGUCACCAACUCAGCGAUGGAAAACAUAUCGCUGUCUUCGACUUGGACAAGGCAACCGACGGGGAUUUCUCCAGUGCAUUGGCCAACUUCAAACAUCCUAGCCUCGCUUCCAAGUCAGAUACGUUCCAAGGCUAUGCAGCUUAUGGAGAGUACAUCUAUCUCUUGACAGGUACUUCCUACGACGUUGCUGGCGGAGCUGUCAACUCGGAAGUGACGAGCGUGAACAUGAAUACCGGUGCUGUUGUUCAGGGUCCUACUCUUACAAAGGCCGGUUCUACGCUUACUUUCCGGGAACCAGAGGGGUUGGCUAUUUAUCAGACUGUUGCUGGUGAGGUACGGUUGUUUUUGGGAUUUGCUUCGGGCAAGGCUCGUGAUAGGCGGUCGAGUUUGUUUUAUAAGAAUGCUUUGAUUUAG